AUGAAUUUAUUUUUCCUUUUACUCGAUGUUAUCCUUCCUAAUACUGUCAUAUUGUUCGCAAUUUGGAAAGUUGAAAACGUCGCUGUGAAAUGGUACGGUAUCAAUUUAUUGGCCGCAUACAGCCUUGCCAGCGUUGGUUAUUAUAUGAGCGUCGAACUUGAAGUAAAGCUGAAAUCAUCUAAUGAAGUUUCAUUUUCGAUGUAA